AUGGACUUCGAUCCUUUGAGCUUGUUCACUCCUGCAGUGGCUACAGUAGAGGAUGAAGAGCAAGAAUUGUUGAAUAUCGCAGAGCCUUCCGCAAGUAUAUACCGUGUAGAUUCUGGACCAGAAGUUGAGUCCGAGUCUGAACUGGAAGAAGCUCUAGAUGAGCCAGUUCAUUUCCUAGACUUACCCUUACUUCAACUAAGCCCUCCUAAUGAAGUUCUUCUUUUAUUUCUAAAGCUCUUGGCGCCAGAACAAGUUCAUAACUUCUCAAAGGAAUCCACUGCAACUACAGCUAUUGAAGACCCUCCGCUCAGCUCGGACAUCUUCACGGAGAAAGAUGUCGAGGCGCUUGUUCCUGCUGCCUUACCCUGGCUCUGUCAAUACUGCCCGAGGUUCAACAGCGCUGAGAAAUUAAUACGCCUUCCCCUGUUAUCGGGCUCAUUGAAGCUGCAACCCAGCUACAACUCGUGGUUGACCAAGGUAAUCUCCACGCCAACGGCUUCAGAUGAUGUCUUAAAGCAAGGGUCGCUUAGAAUUUCGGAAAACUGCGGUAGGACAGCCCAGCCAGAAAUAAUUCGUAAGAUAACUAUUCCAGACUUAGAAAAGUUUGGCAAGUCGUACAUCUCAUUAAGGGAACCUUCAUUGACCAGUGAUAACCUCGGGUUGAAAACCUGGGGUUCAUCUCUCAUCCUAUCUUCAAGGUUAGUGAAAUCUUGUACCAGUGGUAAGUCGAAGUACAUGAUUGAACCAAUUCUAGAAUUGGGUUCAGGUACUGGCUUGGUCGGAAUAGUGGCUAGUCUACUUGGCUAUGAAACGAUUCUUACAGACUUGAAAGAGAUAGUGCCCAACCUUCAGGCCAAUAUAGACCUAAAUGAGGAUGGUGCUGCUCCAAAGGCACAGGUUGAGGAAUUGGAUUGGACGAACCCAGCUCCAUUUGUACUGAAAGCUCCGCUGAGAAAGAACUCCUACAAGACAAUCAUACUAAGUGAUCCGAUAUAUCUGUCUCAGCAUCCAUACUGGGUGGUAGACAUGAUCAGCGUGUUCUUAUCUGUGGAGCCCAACGCCAGAGUAUUGAUUCAAAUCCCGCUCAGGCCUAAAUAUGAGCAGGAAAGAGCGUUGCUUUGGCGCUUGCUCGACAAGAGUGGGUUUGUAGCGCAAGAGGAAGAAAUAGAAGAUGGGUUCGAUGAUUUCGGAGAAAUGAAGUUUUGCUUCAAACAGUUGAAGCGUAAACAGAGAGAUGAACAAGAUAAGGGAGAACAAUAUUAA